AUGCCCUACGAACACAGCACUUUGAACUACUGCCGGACGCUCAAACUUCGCAACCAGACUACAUAUCUGAACACGUCGGUACAUGUCCCAGCGAAGCUGCAUUAUGUGCAGUUAACUGUGAGAUUAAACUAUAAAUACACAUCCUACCAACCGUUCCUGAUAGACGUUGUGAUUGAUAUUUGCCAAUACCUACGAAACCCGUCAACGAACCCGAUUUUAUUCUUCAUCUACAAGGCGUUUCAAGAAAGUGUUCCAGAUUUGGUUUACCCCUGUCCACACGGUAAUAAAACCUACUACGUGCUUUGGGCAGUCACGGAGAAAGUGCUGCCACCAAACAUUCCUCCGGGGGACUACCGUUUAGACAUCACAUUCCGGGACAAGGACAAUGUAACCCUGUUCGACAUAUUGGUAUAUUUCUACUCAAGGAGUACUAGUCUCUUAGGUUAA